GGUCUGAUUUUCCACUCUAUUCCUCCAAAAUCCCCAAUCUCGCAACGUCAGACGAGCCUGAAAGAGGCGAGCCAGCGACUGAACCACGCCGAAGCAGAUCUGCUGUUGAAGACACGCGAACUGGCCGACUCGCGCUCCACCAACGAGGAGAUGGCCCGGCAGGUGGCUCGAGCCCAGGAGACGGCGUCGGUCCGCGGCAACGAGCUGCAGGCGGUGCGCGGCGACUUGGCCGCGGUGCAGGCCAGUCUCAGCGAAGCGAGGCGUCUCUCCGAGGUCGCCGAAGCAGAAGCGGUGCGUGCCCGUGACGAGGUGGCCCGGGUCGACCGACAGAUACACGCUCUGCAAUCCGAGCUUCAGGUGGGCCCUCACCUUCUCCCUGCGCCCCCAAAUACCGCCAACACCGCACCUCGCACUUUUACUCCCGCUCUCACUCUCAUUCUUGUUCUCACUCUCACUCCCACUUCCAAACUAAAUAUAACUCCCUCUCCCAGUUUUAAUCCAACUUUAACUUCAAUUCUCACUCUCACUUUCACUCUUACACACACUCUUACUCUUAGUCUAAUUCCCACUCACACUAACACUCCCGCAUUUACUCCAGCUCUCACUCUUAUUCUUUUUCUCACUCCAACUUCCAAACUACAUGUAACUCCUUUUCCCAGUAAUUAA